CGUGUAUUAAUUUUUACAAAUAAAUACCCCUUAAUUUUCCGUAUAAAACAAGAGUAAAUUGCGAGGCGAGGCGAGCCAAUUAUGAUACAUUCAAAUAUAUGUAAAGUAAAUAAAAUUCAUAAAUAAAGGCAAAAUCUUUUUAGGACAAAUUAGCAGAUAAAAAUUACAAAAAGGAAAAGUUAAAAAAACAGUGUACAAAUCCGACCGCGUAAAGGAACCAAACCGCCCCUAAAUCCUCGUUUUGCUGUCCCCAUUUUCCUCAAUCUCCGCCUUCUAUCCUCAGUCAUCGUUCUUCUUUCCCAGACUACAGAGGACACGGUAAUAAUAAGCCCUAUUCAUCGUUCCUUGUUUGAAUUUUCGAACCAAGGGGAAAAGCGCAUUCAAGUCUGCGAGGAUUUUGAGGAUAGGUAAUGUAUGUGUAUGUCCUGAAGUUUGAUUUCUCUUAGAUUGGAUUGUCUGUCUGGAGUUUUGUCUGUCGAUUUAAUUGAAAAAUAGGUAUGUGUAUGUACGAUCGCUGUACAGUAGACAGUGAUUGGGGUUUGCGAUUUGUUAGAAGAGAGUUUGCCGUCCGCCAUUUUAAUUGUUGUCCGGCUUCGAUAUUCGAUUAAUUAUUGUUCGGUGUUUUGAAUCCUAAAGGCCUAUCCGAUAACUCCAUUUUUUUAAGGUAGAGAUGAAGAAUCUUGUGGAACAGAUUCGAUGACUGAGUCUAUCACGUCACGGCGGCAUUGAUAUAUUACAGUUGUAUUUUGGUAAUAGCUGCAGACCACAUUCGUGUAUGUAGUGGUGACCUUAGUUGUGACAACUAUUUCUUAUUAUAUAUAUUUAUGUAGUAUUUGGUUUUGAAAGUUUCUUACACGUCUCGUGUAGGCUUUUUCUUUGUUUCUAUUCGAAGCGCAUCUCCCUUUUUUAAGUAGCUGGAGAAUGAGGAAGUAGUCGAGACGAGACAUUAUUAGUAUGGCAGGACGAUCUUCGCAGCCGGGAAAGGGCGUUGGCCCGACUGUGACAUUUACGAGGAGAACAUCGUCGGGGCGAUACGUCAACCUGUCGAGGGACAGUAUCGACAGCGACAUUAAUAGCGUCGAUUUUCACGAGUAUACAGUUCAUAUACCGCCGACACCCGACAAUCAGCCGAUGGAGCCUGUAUCGACGAGGUUGGAGCAACCUCCGGUGUCGCAGAGAGUGGAAGAGCAGUACGUGUCGAGUUCGUUAUUCACGGGAGGGUUCAACAGCGUGACCCGUGCGCAUUUGAUGGAUAAAGUGAUCGAGUCCGAGAGCAGCCAUCCUCAGAUGGCCGGUAAGAAGGGAUCGUCCUGCGCCGUCCAAGGUUGCGACGGGAAAGUGAUGAGCGAUGGGAGGGGCAAAGACAUUCUCCCCUGCGAAUGUGAUUUCAAGAUAUGCCGCGAUUGUUUCCUCGAUUCUGUCAAGACGGGCGACGGGAUCUGCCCGGGCUGCAAGGAGCCUUACAAAAGCACCGAUCUUCCGGAAAAUUCUGUGGAGCCGGGACAGCCUUUGCCACUGCCUCCAACUGGCGGGAUGUCGAAGAUGGAGAGGAGAUUGUCUCUGAUGAAGUCGGGAAAUAGGUCGUCGGUUAUUCGGAGCCAGUCUGGGCUCAUGAGAAGCCAAACCGGGACGGAUUUGGAUCACAAUCGAUGGUUGUUCGAGACAAAGGGUACAUACGGAUACGGAAAUGCUAUAUGGACUAAAGAUGGGGGAGGAUUUUCGGAUGAUAAAAGUGACGAAUCGAGCGAGCCUCCGGAGCUUCUGAAUUCGAAACCGUGGAGGCCUCUCACCCGUAAACUGAAGAUACCUGCUGCUAUAAUCAGCCCUUACAGGCUUUUGAUAUUUGUACGUAUGGCUGUUCUUGGAUUGUUUCUGGCUUGGAGAGUUCGUAACCCGAAUCGUGAUGCUAGAUGGCUAUGGUUGAUGUCGAUUAUCUGUGAGAUUUGGUUUGCCUUCUCGUGGCUGCUCGAUCAGCUUCCGAAGCUCUGCCCUGUCAACCGAGCAACGGAUCUUAAUGUAUUGAAAGAGAAGUUCGAAACUCCCUCCCCCAUGAAUCCAUUGGGGAAAUCUGAUCUUCCAGGCGUCGACAUAUUCGUCUCCACCGCCGAUCCUGAAAAAGAACCCCCGCUCGUCACUGCCAACACUAUUUUAUCGAUUCUUGCUGCUGAUUACCCCGUCGAGAAGCUUUCCUGCUAUGUCUCCGAUGAUGGCGGAGCUCUCCUGACGUUCGAGGCCAUGGCAGAAGCUGCAAGUUUUGCCAACCUGUGGGUGCCAUUCUGUCGCAAACAUGAUAUUGAGCCAAGAAAUCCGGAGUCUUACUUCAGCCUGAAAAGGGAUCCCUUUAAGAAUAAAGUUCGGCCGGAUUUUGUAAAAGAUCGAAGGAGGGUGAAGCGCGAGUACGAUGAAUUCAAGGUUCGGAUCAAUGGCCUCCCUGAUUCGAUUCGUCGUCGCUCUGAUGCCUAUAACGCCCGAGAAGAGAUCAAGGCGAUGAAGAUUCAGCGACAGAACGCAGAGGAUGACCUGUUAGAACCGUUGAAGGUUUCCCGAGCAACGUGGAUGGCUGAUGGAACACACUGGCCCGGAACAUGGACUGUACCCGGUCGAGAACAUUCCAAGGGCGAUCAUGCCGGCAUCAUACAGGUAAUGUUGAAGCCUCCGAGUGACGAAUCGCUGCAUGGAACUGCCGAGGGAAGUCCUCUCGAUUUCACCGAAGUCGACAUAAGGCUUCCCUUGCUCGUCUACGUUUCCCGAGAAAAGCGACCCGGGUACGAUCAUAAUAAGAAGGCUGGGGCGAUGAAUGCGCUGGUUCGAGCCUCCGCGAUCAUGUCCAACGGGCCCUUCAUUCUGAAUCUCGACUGCGAUCACUAUAUCUACAACUCGCAGGCGAUCCGAGAAGGCAUGUGCUUCAUGAUGGAUCGCGGGGGCGAUCGCAUUUGCUAUGUCCAGUUUCCGCAACGGUUCGAGGGAAUAGAUCCUUCCGAUCGAUAUGCUAAUCACAACACCGUGUUCUUCGAUGUCAACAUGCGCGCUCUCGACGGUCUCCAGGGCCCGGUCUAUGUUGGCACCGGAUGUCUCUUCCGAAGAACCGCGCUUUACGGCUUCGAUCCACCCAGGUCGAAAGAGCACUCCGGUUUCUGCAGCUGUUGCUUUGCUCGUCGCAAAAAAAUUUCGUCGGUCACCUCCACCCCGGAGGAACACCGAGCUCUUAGAAUGCAGGACGAUGAAGAAGAUAUGAAUCCUUCUCUGUUUUCGAAAAGGUUUGGCAACUCGAGCUUCCUUGUCGAGUCUAUUCCGGUGGCUGAAUUUCAGGGAAGACCGCUUGCCGAUCACCCUGCUGUUAAGAACGGUCGUCCGCCUGGCGCCCUGACGAUCCCUCGCGAACUUCUUGAUGCCACGACUGUUGCGGAGGCGAUUAGCGUCAUUUCGUGCUGGUACGAGGAUAAAACGGAUUGGGGGAAUCGAGUUGGGUGGAUCUACGGUUCGGUGACGGAGGAUGUUGUGACGGGGUAUCGAAUGCAUAACCGUGGAUGGAAAUCGAUAUACUGUGUCACCAAGAGGGAUGCUUUUCGCGGCACGGCGCCGAUCAAUCUGACGGACAGGCUUCACCAGGUCCUGCGAUGGGCGACGGGAUCGGUCGAGAUCUUCUUCUCGCGCAACAAUGCUUUUCUUGCGAGCCCGAGGAUGAAGUUCUUACAGAGGGUAGCAUACCUGAACGUCGGAAUCUACCCGUUCACGUCCCUGUUCUUGAUCGUGUACUGCUUUCUCCCGGCGCUGUCACUGUUUUCCGGGCAGUUCAUCGUGCAGUCGUUGAAUGUGGCGUUCCUGACGUACUUGCUCGUGAUUUCGCUGACGCUCUGCGUGCUGGCGAUGCUGGAGGUGAAGUGGUCGGGGAUCAAUCUGGAGGAGUGGUGGCGGAACGAGCAGUUCUGGCUGAUCGGCGGCACCAGCGCGCAUCUCGCGGCGGUGCUGCAGGGGCUGCUGAAGGUGGUCGCCGGGGUGGAGAUCUCGUUCACGCUGACGUCCAAGUCUGCCGGAGAUGACAUUGACGACGAGUUUGCGGAUCUGUACAUCUUGAAAUGGACGUCUCUGAUGAUCCCGCCGAUCACGAUCAUUAUUGUUAACUUGAUCGCCGUGGCGGUGGGUUUCAGCCGGACGAUUUACAGCGCAAUUCCGCAGUGGAGUCGACUUAUCGGAGGCGUGUUCUUUAGCUUCUGGGUUCUGGCGCAUCUCUACCCGUUCGCGAAAGGGCUGAUGGGGAGGCGCGGGAGGACUCCGACGAUCGUCUACGUCUGGUCGGGGCUUAUUGCCAUCACCAUUUCACUGCUCUGGGUCGCGAUCUCACCGCCGGCGGGGAAUACCCAGAUCGGCGGCUCCUUCCAGUUCCCCUGAUUUUUUUUGGACAUGUUAAGUUCAUUCUUCUUCGUUCUUGUUCUUGACCGUUAACGGUUAUCUAUAUAGAUACAUAAAUACGUGCAUGAAGAAGAAAGGAACACUUUUUUUUU